CGAAUAUAUAAGCUGCCAGUGGAGAUUGGACAACAACUUUGUUUGCAUCAACUCCCAUCCCUCUUUUCCUCCCCAUCGCAACCAUGAAGUCUUUCGCCCUCGCCGCCGCCUUCCUCGCCGCUCGCGCUGCUGCGCAGAUGACCAUCAACACCCCACCACCGGUGGUAACCCAGGGACUGCCGAAUGCCAGCCUCAGCUCAUCUCCUGGUCUGGAGGAACCCCUCCCUACUUCGUUCGUCGCCACUGUCCCCGCUGGCGCCACCCCUCUCGCUCAAUGGAACGGUGUCACUGUGACCCAGGAGACCUGGACUGUCAAUGCCACAGUCGGAACUCAACUGCUCUUGGGCCUCAAGGACAGCACCGGUGCCUCUGCUAACAGCGCCUCGUUCCCUGUUCUCACCGGCAGUGGUGAUGGAUGUCUCAAUGGCGCUGCUGCCUCUUCCCCUGCUGCAGGAAGCACCACCGCAGGAUCAACCGGCACUACGGCAGCAGCUGGCGCUUCUACGGCCGCUGGGGCCACGACUGCCGCUGGGGCCACGACUGCCGCUGCCGCUUCCGGUGGAAGCACCGUGGCACACGUUUCGUCGGCCGUGAGCUCCCAUGCUUCCGGUAGCGCGACAGGCUCCAGUGCCGCAAAGGCGACUAGCGGCGCUGCUGCUCUCGCCCCCUCUCUGCUUUCGCCGCAUUUGUUGGUGCCUCCGUCAUGGCCAUCCUGGCUUGAUUGGCCUGACUGGACACCACCCCACCCAUGCACACCCGAAAACACACGUUUCACGCACCUCUUUCUGGUCUCCAACAGCCUUAGAGCUAUCGUCAUUCUCUUUGCCCCUGAAUGGGAGGAACAGUUGUCCUAA